AUAGCUCCCAGUUUUUUGGAAAUCUGCAAUCAGAACGUUUUCGACAGUAAUCAAAGAUUGUCACAGUAAAAUGAAAUUAGCCGCUGCGGUUAUUUUGUGUAUUCUGAUUGUCUGUGAAGCCCGUGGUUAUUCUGUGGGGGGAUGCCGAAAUCCCAACCAGCGGACUGGAUAUUGUUUGGAAGUCAGUCUAUGCCCGCCACUGGUGUCCUUAAUGAACCAAAUCAGUUUGACGCGUUCAGAGAGUCAAUUCCUUCAGGCCACCCAAUGUGGAUAUGGCAAGAAUAGCCAGGUCCUAGCAUGUUGCACUGAAGAUACAGAUUUUGAUAGGACCACUUCCGUGCCUUUUAGUAGUGAUAUUCCUAAAAUUCUGCCUUAUCGGUCUGCUUGUGGGGGGAAUACCAUUUUGCCACGGAUCCUGUCCGGUAUGGAAACCGCCGUUAGCGAGUUUGCCUGGAUGGUAUUGUUGGAGUAUCGCUUGCCAAGUGGAAAAGGCUUUAGCACCAAUUGUUCGGGAUCGCUGAUUAAUGACCGAUAUGUUUUAACAGCAGCUCACUGUAUAUCGGAUUCACUUGUCUUUGUGAUAUUGGGCGAGCACGACACACGUACCCCAAUUGAUUGCAACGCAAGCGGAAAAAGAUGCGGCCCUAAAAUUCAGCGUUUGGACAUCGAGGAGAUCCGCGUUCACGAACGAUACUCCAAUGUUUCCAACAAUUAUUUGCACGAUAUUGCGUUAAUCCGUUUAAAUAAACCCGUUUCCUAUUCGGUCACCAUUCAACCCAUUUGCCUGCCCUCGACUGUGGGCGAGGAAGUGAGGCAGUCGGGCCAGGUGUUCACCGUGGCAGGAUGGGGUCGUACUAUGCGUGCCGCCAGAAGUGACACCAAGCAGAAAUUACAGGUCGGCCUUUAUGACAAAUAUCGCUGUCGUCAGAGAUACUUAUCUGAGAACAUCGCAUUGGAAGAUAGCCAGAUUUGCGCCGGCGGUCAGCAGCAGCAGCAUGAUAGCUGCGCCGGGGAUUCCGGUGGGCCACUGAUGCGGUUCCGGGAUAAUACUUGGGUCCUGGAGGGCAUCGUGUCCUUUGGCUAUAAGUGCGGUGCACUUAAUUGGCCUGCUGUCUACACGAACGUUGCCUAUUACGACCGCUGGAUCAAGAUGAAUAUGAGGCCUUAGUUUAAAUCGCCAUCAAAGUUCGUGUUGUGAUCUUAAAACUAUAAAUAUACAUACACCCAAAAAAAAAAAAUUGCCAUAGAAACUAA